UUCAAUUUCCCUCCAUAGAAAUAUUUUAUGGAAUAAUUAUUUAAAAGUGCACAGAAAUUCUGAAAACGUGUGACCUCUCAAUUAAUAAAAUAUUAUUACACUUAAAACUUUGCGUCUUCCUCUACCCCAUCCCAGCUCCACACACUAUCAACAAUAACUACAAUGGCUACCCAUAAUAGCAGCAAUAAUAAUGGCAACAACAGCAACAACAAUAACAAUAAUAGCAUUGCUGGUGGCGCAACCAACAACGAUUUAUGGCGCGAGUGUGCUGCUUGGCUUACACGCUGCCAAAUCAUACAGUCAGAUCACAAGGCUAACUGGCCCGACUCUGAAAUUCGAGUCCUUGCAUUGACCCUGCGCGAUGGUGUUCUACUGUGUAAUCUGGUCAUACAUUUGGAUCCAAGCAUCAUCAGUGAUAUGCGUGACUUUACACGGAAACCACAAAUGGCACAGUUCCUGUGCUGUAAAAAUAUCAAACUUUUUCUCGAUGUUUGUCGUAACCACUUUAAUGUACGUGAAUCAGAUUUAUUCGAACCCACAAUGCUGUAUGACUUGACAAACUUUCAUCGAGUACUCAUAACCCUUUCAAAAUUAUCUCAAUGCAGAAAGGUGCAACAACUCCAUCCAAAUUUACUAGGCUUUAAUAUACAAUUAUCAUCCAAUGAAAGAUCCCAUUCCGAUGAGGCCAUAUAUAAGGAUCUGCAUUGCACUGAGAGUAAAAAAAACGGCAGUAUAGAUGCGCCUUCCGAAACCUUCGAUCGCACCUCACAAAGUGGCUCGAUAUCUGUCGAUGAUGAAAAUAGUGAUAUAACCGUUGAAAACGGUACAGAAGAUACAGAAGACUACGAAGAGGAUAAUUUUUCAAAUAUGUGUGACACUAUUGAUGAUGAAGUACAAUCCGUCCAUUCGAAUGGUAGUUCUGGUGCUACAGCAGCAUCUGGCUCACUGUGUUCGCGUAGUGCUACGUACGCUGCAUUCGGCUGUAGUACGACACGUACAUCUACAAAUUACAGUUCUAUUGGGAGUAAUGCUAACAAUUGUUCUACCAAAUCAGUACUGAACGAUAAUCAAAGUUUGCAAAAAGUUGCUGCCAUCGCAUGGAAUUGUAAGCAAACAGAAAAGGAAAUGGGUCAUGAAUACCUAAACGAUGUUUAUUCCGAAGAUGAAGAAAAAGUAUAUGAGGAUUUAUGCUACGUCACGUUCUCCUCCAAAGUAUCUGAGGUUACCAACGAUAAUGUUGCAUGCAAUGGUCCAGUUUAUGAUCAUACAAAUACCAAAGAAGAAGAGGUCUAUCAAGACUUAUGUGCCUUACAAAGAUCGAGCAGAAAUCAGAUUACUUCAGCAACAAGUUUUGAACAAAGAGAUUAUGUUAUUCGAGAGUUAAUAGAUACGGAAUCAAAUUAUUUAGAUGUAUUAAAUGCACUCAAAACAAAAUUUAUGACACCUCUAGAGCGAUAUUUAAAUCCCGAUGAAAUAAAAAAAAUUUUUCCACGUAUAAAGGAUCUGGCCGAAAUACAUACAAAGUUUUUAGAUAAAUUGCGGGAAUCUCUAUCACCAACAACAAAACUAAAAAUGAGUCAAGUAUUUUUGGAAUUUCGGGAACCUUUUCUAAUAUAUGGCGAAUAUUGUUCUUGUUUAUUAGAUGCUAUCGAUUAUUUGGGGGACGUUUGCAAAAAGAAUCAAAUAAUUGAACAGUUAGUACAGCAAUGUGAACGUGAAUACAACGUGGGAAAACUCCAACUGCGUGAUAUAUUAUCAGUACCAAUGCAACGUAUAUUAAAAUAUCAUCUGCUUUUAGAUAAACUAGUUAAAGAGACUUCUCCGAUGCAUGAGGACUAUCGAUCUCUUGAACGUGCCAAAGAAGCGAUGAUUGAUGUAUCACAAUAUAUAAAUGAAGUUAAGCGUGAUUCUGAUCAUUUAGUAAUAAUACAGAAAGUGAAGGAUAGCAUUAUUGAUCUGCACCUUUUACAAAAUGGCAAUAAUUUACUACAAUAUGGUCGAUUGCUACUUGAUGGUGAACUGCAUAUAAAGGCACAUGAAGAUCAGAAGACUAAAUUACGUUAUGCAUUUGUCUUCGAUAAAAUUCUUAUAUUGGUUAAACCCUUACAUACGAAGACGGGCGACAUGCAAUACACAUAUCGAGAGUCACAUCAUUUGUGCGAUUAUCGUGUGGAACAAAGUCAUUCACGUCGCACGCUUGGACGUGACACACGUUUCAAAUGUCAAUUGUUGUUAGCGCGUAAAUCGGGAAAAACAGCAUUUACACUAUAUUUGAAAUCGGAACCUGAACGCGAUAAAUGGCGUAAAGCGUUAACAGAAGCAAUGGAAAAUUUGGAUCCGCCGGGUUGUCGCAACACUGAUCACAAAAUGGAAAUAUGGACUUUUGAUAUGCCAACAACAUGUCGGCAUUGUUCUAAAUUUUUAAAAGGCAGAAUACAUCAGGGAUAUCGUUGCAAAGUUUGUGAGAUAGGUGUGCAUAAAGGCUGUAUAUCAUCCACUGGACGCUGCAAACAGAACUCAAUGUUGAUACCACCGCCAGUUUGUGAUCGUAUAUUAUCAGAAUUUAAUUGGUUUGUUGGCACUAUGGAUCGUGAAACAGCUGCUGCCCGCUUGGAAAACCGAAGAGUUGGUACUUAUUUGUUGCGUGUCAGGCCACAAGGUGCUUCCAAUCCACACGAGACUAUGUAUGCUUUAAGUCUAAAGGCGGAUGAUCACGUCAUAAAACACAUGAAAAUUAAUCAAGAAUCUGAAGCAGAAAAUGUAUUGUACUGCCUUUCUUCCAGAAGACAUUUCAAAACAAUUGUUGAACUGGUUUCAUAUUAUGAGCGAAACGAUUUGGGAGAAAAUUUUGCAGGCUUAAAUCAUACACUUCAGUGGCCCUUCCGGGAGGUAUACGCAACUGCAAUAUAUGAUUACGAACCACAAGGUAGUAAUCAAUUACAACUGAAAACUGGUUGUCAAGUGCUAGUAAUUGGCAAGGAUGGCGACAGUAAAGGUUGGUGGCGUGGAAAAAUUGGUGAUACGGUUGGUUACUUUCCAAAAGAGUACGUACGUGAACAUCCGCCUACAAGUGAUGAACUCUGAUAUUAUAAUUAUGCCAUAUAUUUUACAACUGAAGUCAAAGUACAACACCAUUUGCCACCUCCGCAACAAGAGGAGGAGCAAACACUUGGUAUCGCACCUCUUGUAGAGCAAGAAACUCUGGUCAAUGAGGAUCAGUAAGAUCAGGUCAGAUAAGGUCAGUGUUAGUUUAUAGAACAGCAUUUAGUUUAAAUAGUUUUUAAUUAUGUGUAUAGUAUAUGUAUUAAGCAUUUUUAAUGGUUAUAAUAUCGUCAUCUCUAAUGUAAUUGAACUGUUUUUAAAGUUGUGUGUAUAGUUAAUACGAUAAUUUGCAUUUAAGAUGAUUGUGGCAUUUUAAAUCGCAAAAGGAAAAAAA